AUGGAGCUGUACUUUAACAUUGUGUCACCGCCGUGCCAAAGUGUGCUGCUGGUGGGCAAAAUGCUGGGCCUUACGUUUGACCUGAAGGAAGUCAAUCCCCAUCUGCCGGAAGUGCGGGAACAGCUGAGGAAGUACAAUCCCCAGCACACCAUACCGACGUUCAUUGAGGAUGGGCACGUUAUUUGGGAGUCGUACGCCAUCGCCAUCUAUUUGGUGGAAAAGUACGGGAAAGAUGAUUCGCUCUACCCGAAAGAUCCGAAGGUGCGCUCCACCGUGAACCAGCGAUUGUUCUUCGACAAUGGCGUCAUGUUUCGGGGUGCCAUCGAGUACGUGGAGUGUAUUUUGAAGAAAAAACUUGAACCGACCGCUGAAAUGGUGCAGAAGCUGAAGAAGGCGCUCGGGCUGUUGGAAUCGUUCGUGAAAGAUCGUUCGUUUGUUGCUGCCGAGCAUUUGACGAUCUCCGACAUCUGUCUAUUGAGCAGCGUGACGCUGCUGACGGGUGUUAAGUACGAUCUGGAGCCAUAUCCAGCCAUUCAGGCCUGGGUAGCACGUGUGACGGACGUACUGCCAAAUUAUGGCGAAUUUCACAAGGAACUGCUAGAAAAGAGCCUAGAGUACAUAAAAACAUUGUAG